AUGGUGUUGGAUGAUAUGGCUAAGAAGAAGGAACUAUCCGAGGCGUUCACAUAUCACUACGAGGUUAAUGCUAGUAACCAGUUGGUUGCUCUGUUUUGGUGCGAUGGUUUGAUGAAGAGGAAUUACCAUAUGUUUGGUGAUAUUGUGGCGUUUGACUCUACCUACAACAAAAACAUGUAUUAUAUGAUCUUCACGCCAUUCACGGGAAAGGACAAUCAUGGAAGACCUGUAACUUUCGACGCUGGUUUGGUGUGCAACGAGAAAAUAGGGGCUUUUGCUUGGUUACUGAGGGAUGAAGAUUUCAAGAAAGAAUUCAAUGCAUGUGUCUGGUCAGAGCUGCUUGAACCCCACAAAUUCAAAGAAGAGUGGAAUGGAGUAGUGGAACGUCAUGGCUUGGAAGACGUUGAUUGGUUCAACACCGUGUAUGACUAUAGGCAUGUUUGGAUACCUGCGUACUUCAGAGAUUUUCCACUUGGGUCGAUGAUUAGGACUACCUCCAUAUCUGAAUCGGAGAACAGCUUCUAUAAAAACUUUUUGAAGCCACGUGCCAACAUUGCCGAAUUCUACUUGAAUUUCAACAAUGCUCUGGAAUUUCAGCGGAACAGUAUAACAAAGUUGGACUACCACGAUGCAACAACUCUGCCCAUAUUGGCCACUACCUUGACAUUUGAGAAACAUGUUUCGACGAUGUACACCGAUAGUAUGUUCAAGAAAACACAAGAGGAAAUUGUUGAGGGUAAUGAUAGAUGCCGCGUUCUAGGUUUUUCAUCUACAGAUAUUGUUGACACCUACAAACUUGGGGACAACAAUCGCAAUUCAUACUUUGUGAGACACGAUAAGGCUGAUGAGUCAUACUCGUGCAAUUGCAAACUGUUCGGUUAUAUUAAUCAGGAGUUCAACGAGGUUGAUAACCAUUAUAUGGUUAAGUCAGAGCAUCAGCAGUUUAUGUCACUUAAUCGAAAGUUGGAUGAUGUACAUCACCAAUUAAUUCUUGAUUGUUCGAAGGCUAAUAUAGGCCUCACACUUUCGUUCAAUGUGUUGAAGGAAAUUCUCGGUGGAUUUGAGUUUCUUGGUUGCAAUGUUGGGGGUAUCAGGAAUGCUUCUCGAGACAUCAAAGCAUACACACAUGGGAUCGACGUACAAGUGGUGUUGGAUGAUAUGGCUAAGAAGAAGGAACUGUCCGAGGCGUUCACAAAAAUAUCAUGA